CAUUCUUUGUUCGGACCACUCGUCGUCCGACGACACAGUUUUGAGUUUUUUUUUUGUUUUUCACUACUAUUGGCUAAGAAUACCGCAAUCAUUCGGCCAUUUUCUCACUCUCACUUCCAAAAACCUGAGAGGAUGCCUUAACUAAAAGGGACUGCUGCUAGGAAGAGCUAUACAAUAGAAAAAAAAAAACCCUCAGCAUGAAUAGCAAUGAUGCAAGGCCAAAACUUAUAAGCUUAAAUUACAAGCUGACAAAAAGCCACGGAUAGUUUUAGCGCCGAAUUCCUGAGAACGGAGUUCGUUCAUGUAACGAGUGCUACACCUUCCAAAAAAAAAAAAAUACCAUGAGUAGUGAGGUUCUUCUUCUUCUUUUACUUCUAUUGGUCACAUUGCUAGGAUCAUCCGGUCAAAAUACUGAGGUCAAAAGGCGAAACCAAUUCUUCCUCUUCAAAUCGAAAUAGGCCGAUCGCCCAACAAGUAAUCAGCAAUUGGUGGCGAGGCCGACAGAGGAAGAUAGAGGGAGAGGGAAUUGGUACCAUAUGGCCACUAGAUUUUCUAAUUCAAUGCCAAUAAUUAUUUUAUUUUAAAAUGAAAACCUCAUACGAACACAAAUAAAACGUAUUUUUUUAAUAACUGCAAUACCACUUCAAUUAUUUUAAUGAAAUUUGGCACACAUGUACCAGGUAUCAAGAGACAUUACUUAGGGUACCAUUUUUUUUUCAAAUAGAAAAGUGGCGGGCUAAAAGGCUAUUUUGGCAGACCCAGACGUCACCCAUUUCUUUUAAAAUAAAAAUUAUUCUUACAAUCAAAUCAAAUAAAAUAAAAACAAUAUUAUUAAUACGACAGCAGGCAGAGAAUCAUUACCGUUCUUAUUUCUUGCCUAAGUAAUUGUGAAACGCGAAUAGAAAGUGCGUAAACUAAGGGAUGUAUUAUUGAAAUCUUUGUAGUUAUUUAUCAUUGUUUAAAAAAAUAUUAAGUCUUGAUUAUCGCACCUGAGCUAACACUGUAGCUGAAAAUCACUGGAUGUAUACCUCUAAGAGUGCGCGGAAUAUGAGACAAAAAGCUGAGGCGUGUACCCUUCAAGGUGGAGGACACUUCAUCACACCUUAUCUAAUUUCAAUGUUCUACAUUUUUGGAAAAAAAUUGCUCAGACCUGGUUGAAUGUUCUGGGAACAUUUGUUGUGUGUCUAGGGCGUGCGGCCGGGAAUCAGAAAGGAAGACACCAGCACAGAACACCGCGUUUUCACCAUUCUUCUGUGACUUUUGACAAUGGAGAGUGGAGCAUUCCAAACAAAGCGAUUCUGAUUAAACCCGAACCCGAUCGGUUCGAAUUUUUCACGUCAAACGUUUCAUCCGCGAUUUUCUAUUUCAAAACAUCCCGGAGGCCGUUCAAAAAUAACUCGCGACACGUCAUGGGUGACGUCGCGACGCCCGUUUCUGGAAGACGUCGUCGUCGCCUGGCAGAAGUCGCGUAUCCGCCACGGCGACGUAGCGUCGUCUUCCUUCGUCCGAUGUUUCGUUUGUUCGGCCGUCCGGUUUGACCAGAGCCUCGCUGCGGACCCAUGACGGGAGCUGGCGGGGAACCCCUGGUCCCAUCGAGUACCAUAUCUCCGGCCAUGACGGAAUCGGACCUGCCGCAGCCGCUGGUGGUGCGGAGUCCCUCGGUCAGCCUUAAAUGGAUGCCGCAUCAUUCACCCAAGCCGAUCCCCAACAGACAGGUCAGCUUCAACAGGGGCCGGAGUCCCGAAUUAGCCAAGACGCUGUCCGGACUCGAGAGGGACUGCUUCAUUAUCCCGGUUCAUAGUCUGGAUAGGUUUCUGCCCGCCGGAGUCCCUAUGCCGACGCUGGCCGAGGGCAAAGGGGACCGCGCGACGGGCCAGGGCAACAACCUGCACGUGAUGGAAGUACCCGACCCGAAGCUGUGCGUCCUGUGUCACCUGAUGAGCCCCCUGGAACCGAUCGACCCGAUCCUCGAGUCGCCGCUGAUCCAGCCGCUGUUCAAGCAGCGCGUUACGGCCGGCGAGCUCGUCAACGAAGUUGCGCUCGCCAAAACGGCCGUUACCGGCAUGCUACUCGCCAACAUGGAGAAAAAUGCCGAGUUCCCGUUCAUAUCUUACUAUGUGAUAAACACCUCGCAAACCAAUCCCGUGAUGUUUUACAAUAACCUGCGUACCGCCAGCCUGACCAAAUUCGAUCCGCGAGCAACCAGAUACACGGCGGCCCACACGCUGGACUUGUACACGGAAGUAGCUUCCAUUUGCAGACCGCCCAUCCACGAGGUGGGAGUGCCUUUGACGAAAACGCACGCGCCCUCUACCGGCUACAUGAUAUCCGUCUACAAAGUGUUCGAGGGCGACGACAAAGAGAAGCUGGAACGCAACUGGCUCUACUGGACCGGGGCGAGGAUGAUCUACAGGUACCUGCCGAGAGCUGCAGGCCUGCGCAAGAUCUCGCUCCACAAGUCGCUGAGCCCCAAGGGCGACAAGAUGUACAUCUUGACCUGCGAACUAGCCAACCUGCUCAGCGACGUAACAGUCUGCGCGCUGCUCCUGCCCGCGCUCAGAGCCAGGCUGACCGGCUACACGGGCCUGUUCAGGCCCCUGCAGAUCUUUUGACAUUUUUUAUUACGCCCGUAGAUUUACUUUCCUGUCGUUUCACGACCUCCGUGAUGGACCCGGACGUCACUUUUUUGUUUUCUCUCACUUCCGCUCGUUUCCAAAAAUCGUUUUUUUUUUUACAAACGCGAUUAGAUAGGGUACCGGACGGAC